AGGUAUCUUUUGAGGUAGAUAGAGAGGGAGAGAGAGACUCACACAGUGAAAGAGAACUCGUCAAGAAAACGAAUCUCUUUCCAGUUCACCAUCAAAGAGAGAGCGAGAAAACGUUUAGUUUGAAAAAUCUUCAACAAUCUUAUUUAUCUUUUCCGAGAAACAAGCACCCUUUUGGGCUGUAACCUGCAACUGUUCUAUCUCUUUCCUUCUCUCUUUUGCAAGGCAGAGAGGUAAAUAGAGCUUCUUUAUUGAAAUCUUCAUUUAUAUGCUUUUUUUUUUUUUUAAGGGGGGCGGGGAUAAAGAGUUGAGAUUUCUAUAUCGAAACUGUUAGUGUUAGAAAUCUUAUCUUUUUUCAAACGUGUAACUGCACAUAUUCCUGCAAAAUAGUAUAUUUUGAUGUGAAAAUGCGUGGAUUUAAGUUCACAGAAAGAUUCAAGAGCACCCAAGUGCACGCUUUAAAUUCACCGGAAAAUAAGCUUAACAAUCACAAAAUAACCAAAUUUAUUGGGUUAAAGUCAAAUAAGAGCAGCUCUGUCUCUGUGGCUCAUACCCUACUCCCGUUUGGACUGCCAACAACUGACCUGAUUGAACCAACCAUUGACCCUAAUCUCAAGCCCAUAGAUUAUGUAAAAGCCUUAGCUCAUGUUUAUCAGCGACUCGAAACCUGUUUAGAGUCCGAUAAAUCAUUUUUAUGCAUUGAGCAGUAUGCUUACUUGUGUCACUUAGGUGAUGCCAAGUUAUUAAGAAGGUGUCUCAGAUCUGCAAGGCAGUAUGCAAUAGAUGUGCACUCAAAGGUUGUGCUCUCAGCUUGGUUAAGGUUUGAGAGCAGAGAAGAUGAACUCGUUGGUGCUUCAUCUAUGGAUUGCAGUGGAUUCAUCCUUGAAUGUCCAGUGGUUGCUUUGGUAUCUGGGUAUGAACCAAAUUCAGUCUAUGAUCAUUGCAAAUGUUGGGAAGGAUGUUCAAAGCCAACUGAAGCACAAGUUGUAGAGGAGAAUGAAUGUUUGAAUUCAGAGGAAGAGGAGGUGAAUAAGGAUUUUGCAUUUUGUAUUGGUGAUGAGGAGAUUAAUUUUAAUCGCUAUAAAAUUGCAGCACUUUCUAGUUCAUUUAAGGCCAUGCUAUAUGGUGAAUUUAUUGAGUCUAAAAGGGAUAAGAUUGAUUUUUCGAAGGUCGAGAUAUCUGUUAAGGGACUGGGGGCAUUGGAAAUGUAUAGUAGGAGUGGAAGAGUAGAUUUGUUUUGCCCAGAGAUCAUUUUGGAGCUGCUUUCUUUUGCAAAUAGGUUCUGUUGUGAGGAGAUGAAGUCUGCCUGUGAUGCUCAUUUAGCUUCACUUGUUGUUAAUAUUGAGGAUGCACUGAUUCUUAUUGAAUAUGGUUUGGAGGAAAGGGCAAAUCUUCUAGUAGCUUCUUGCUUGCAGGUGUUGCUACGAGAGCUCCCGAGCUCUUUUUAUAAUCCAGAAGUGCUGAAUAUAUUUUGUGGCCCUGAGGCUAGGCAGAGAUUGGCCAAUGUGGGGCAUGCUUCUUUCCUAUUGUAUUACUUCCUGAGCCAGGUGGCUAUGGAAGAGAACUUGACAUCGUGCACAACAGUUAUGUUGUUAAAAAGGUUAGAGGAAUGUGCAACUGAACGGUGGCAAAGGAUGCUUGCUUUGCAUCAAUUGGGUUGUGUGAUGCUUGAGAGAAAAGAGUACCAGGAUGCUCAGUAUUAUUUUGAGGCUGCUGCUGAGAUGGGUCAUUUUUAUUCAUUGGCUGGACUUGCUAGAACGAAGUACAGGCAAGGGCAACAGUUCUCAGCCUAUAAGUUGAUGCACUCUCUUAUCUCUGAGCAUGAACCAAUUGGGUGGAUGUACCAAGAGCGGUCUUUAUAUAAUCUUGGACAGGAGAAACUUUUAGAUUUGAACACUGCAACUGAAUUGGAUCCCACCCUUUCAUUUCCAUAUAAAUACAGAGCUGUUGCAAAGGUAGAAGAGAGGGAAAUUAGAGCUGCAAUCACAGAGAUCAACAGAAUCAUUGGCUUUAAGCUCUCAGCCGACUGUCUUGAAUUACGAGCUUGGUUCUUCCUUGCACUUGAGGAUUAUGAAAGUGCUCUGAGAGACAUCCUAGCGCUGUUAACUUUAGAACCCAACUACAUGAUGUUUCAUGGCAGGGUGAAUGGAGGCCAUAUGGUUGACCUUCUCAGCCAUCGUUUUCAGCAGUGGAGUCCAGCUGAUUGCUGGAUGCAACUUUAUGAUAGAUGGUCUUCUGUUGAUGAUAUUGGCUCUCUGGCUGCCAUACACCAGAUGCUAGUGCAUGACCCAGGAAAAAGCUUCUUACGAUUUCGGCAAUCUUUGCUUCUACUAAGGUUGAAUUGUCAGAAGGCCGCAAUGCGCUGUUUAAGGUUGGCUAGAAAUCAUUCCAAGCCCAAACAUGAAAGAUUGGUAUAUGAAGGGUGGAUUUUAUAUGACACUGGCCAUCGAGUAGAAGCUCUCUCUAGGGCUGAGAAGUCUAUUUUAAUUGAAAGGUCUUUUGAAGCCUUUUUCCUUAAAGCAUAUAUACUGGCAGACACAAGUGUGGAUCGUGAAUGUUCCACUAAUGUUAUCCAACUAUUGGAAGAAGCUCUCAAGUGUCCCUCAGAUGGUCUCCGAAAAGGACAAGCAUUGAAUAAUUUAGGCAGUAUUUAUGUAGAUUGUGGCAAGCUAGAUCUGGCUGCAAAUUGCUACAUAAAUGCUCUUGGCAUCAAACAUACAAGAGCCCAUCAAGGCUUAGCACGUGUAUAUUAUUUGAAAAAUCAGCAAAAAGCUGCAUAUGACGAGAUGACUAAGCUAAUAGAAAAGGCACAUAAUGCUGCAUCAGCGUACGAGAAACGAUCAGAAUAUUGUGAGCGUGAGACUGCAAUGGAUGAUCUUAAAAUGGCAACACAACUGGAUCCACUUAGGACAUACCCUUACAGAUAUAGGGCAGCUGUAUUAAUGGAUGACCAAAAACAAGCUGAAGCUGUAGAAGAGCUCACAAAGGCACUAGCUUUCAAGCCUGACUUACAAAUGCUUCAUCUCAGAGCAGCUUUUUACGAGUCAAUGGGGGACCUGGCAUCUGCUAUCCAAGACUCUGCAGCAGCUCUUUGCUUGGACCCAAAUCACAUGGACACGCUUGAUCUGUAUAAUAGAGCAAGAGACCAAACCAAUCAUACACGUAAGUGAGAUUCAUUCGCUUGUUGGCCAAUGAAGUUAUUUUGCAUUGAAGAAGGCUAUAUUGCUAGGCUUUAGGGGAGAAUUGUAAGGAAUUCCUGUUCAGCUAAAAUUUUCCUGGACUUCUUGAGCUUUAUUAACAUCCAACGAGUUUAGCCUGCAAUAGCAGUGAGAAGAGAAAUGAAUCAAGAGAAGACUGGCGGGGGUAUUUAUAUAUACAUUACGGAAUUAUGAGGAAUCUGUGGAACAAAGAACUGCAAGCUACCACUCUGACCACUCUGGUGAAAAUUGUUAAAUAGAAUAUAUCCUCCUAUUGGCAUAUAGAGAUAGCAACAGUGUUCACUCACAACUUUUGAUAUUGUUCUUGGAAGCCUGUAGGAUUCACAAAUUGUCUUUCAUUAUGAACAGAUUUUUUUUCUUUUCGAGGAAAAAAAUUAAAAUCCAUCUUGUAAAUAAAGGUUAUUAAAAGAUUUUUGUC